AUGACUGUGAUUAUUGGCUGUUCUCAGACAGAAGAAAGCAUUGAUAUAUCAAUUCAUGGCUCUGAUAAUUUCACAACCAAGUUGACAGCAAGAAAUAUUGAAACUAAGAAAUACUGCAAAAUUUCUAAAACAACAGGGAAGAAAAUUUCAUCUGAAAGUAAGGGUUUAAUCCCAGAAUAUAGAAAAAUAUAUGAUACAUCAUUAUUUGUGUAUAGAGAAGAAAAAUCUACUGAGUUUUCAGGAUCAAAAAAAAUCAGGAGAAAGAAAAGUGUACAAGUACAGCUUCAGAGUAAAAGAGCUGAGAUUGCCACUCCCUCUUUGAAGGUGUCAAAGGAGAAAAUAACCAAGAAAGAAAGCCCUGUCAAGUUGCCAAGUCAGAAGCCUUCACUGAUUCAACGCCCAGCUUCAACUCUUAGGAGAAAAGAGAUGCCUUCUAACCUCUCCCUGACAUUAUAUGAACAAAUACCUGAAGAAUUCUUAAAACACCCAGAAUUAAAUGCACUUUCCAGGGGCUGUUUAAUUUUCAGUAAAGUUCGCAAUGGUAAGAUUUAUGUGAAUGAUUUGCCAGUGGUCCUUCACACCUUGAAGAUUUCUACGAGUGAUUCAGAAAUGCGUCAGGCGCUGAAGGCCGUUAAUGUUGAUGAGUUUCAAAAUGCCUUGAAGAUGUUUUCUAAGGUGAAAAGUGGCCGUGUGGCCACCGAAGAUGUGGCUGCUGUUUUGGAAAGCAUGGAUAUCUCAGUCAACCCAGAGGUGCUCAAGGACGUGCUGCAGCAUGCUCAUGAGGACAGUUACCAUACUAUGGACAUUGGAGACAUUAUAUUUACUUUGGAAGAACUGCAACGGCAAUAUGAAGAUGAGUCUCCUCAACCACAUCCCAGUAAGACCACUGGGAAACAAGAUGAGCCUGACCUUAAACUACCCAAAAGAUCUUCAGAGACAAGACGACUCUCAAGUGGGAUCAUCAGUGAUUCUGUGGGAUUUCAGGAACCACAUCUAAAGAUCCACGACUCAAAGUCUAAAUCACCUUCCUUGAAGAGCACUACAAGCCUCAAUAAGUUACUGGAUAAAGGCGAUACUUCUGUCUCAGAUCAUCAUAUUAAGAUACUGGAUAAAAGAGAUUCUUCUAUCUCAGAUCGUAUUAAGUUACUGGAUAAAAGAGAUUCUUCUAUCUCAGAUCGUAUUAAGUUACUGGAUAAAAGAGAGUCUUCUGUCAUCUCAGAUCGUAAUAAAUUACUGGAUAAAAGUGAUACUUCUAUUAUCUCAGAUCGUAAUAAGCUACUGCAUAUAAGCGAUACUUCUAUCAUCUCAGAUCGUCAGAAGCUGGCCCUGAAGAGGCUGUCCAGCACUCUACAGCAUGUUGCUAAGAAAGAAUCUACAGUCAGUGCCUUGGAAAAUGUCUAUGAAGCUCUCACUAAACUCCUAGAAGAUUACAUUUCUCCAGAGGCACUUCAGUCUGCUUUACCCUCGGUAGGAAUUGCUUUAUCAGAUGAAGACUUCCAGAAGAUUGUGCCAGAGCUCACUCAAACUGACACUGGAAUGGUGAAUUUAGAUGACUUUCUUAUGGCGGUCUCCAAGGAGCACAAUUUCCUUGACUAUGAUGCAUUGAACAAUGUCAUUGAAGGCAUUAGUAAAAUUCAGGAUGAAUAUGUUGAUUACGAGGAUCUGGACACGUGUCUUCAAAAUUUUGGAGUUUACCUUCCUAAGUCAGAACGACAGAAGAUCAAAGAAUUACUUCAAGUUGACGGGACAAAACAAGUGAAUAUUAAAGAGUUUAUUGAUACCAUGCUGAAAAACACACACCCCUUCUCUGAUGAUUUACUCUUGCCCACUGCUAUUGAGACCCUGCAAAAUCUCGGCAGCGACCAGAUGGAUAUUUCUCAGCUGUGGAACACACUGUCCAGUUUGGAUAGUAAUUUAGAAGAGGAAGAAUUCUUAGAAGCAGUGAAAUUAGCAGCAAUUGAUGGUGACAAAGUACAAUUGGAAGACUUUUCAAAAGUAGUAAAGGAUAUGCGUGACUCUUUCAGGUUAAAAGAGUUGCAGAAAAUAGCUUUGGCUCUUGAUUCGCUUGAAGAUGAGAAGAUACCUGGGAAGAACUUGGAAGAUUUCCUAAAGAGUCUUGGGAUUACAUCAUUUAAAGAUGAAGUGGAUGAAAUCCUUCAGUCAGACAUUGCUUCUGAAGACAACAUGGUGACUGUUAAAGAGUGUAUGGAAGCUUUGAGAGACACUUCGAAGUUUUCUAACUUCACUGGUUUAAAAAAAGAAAUCUUGUCUUCAAGUCUGAAAUUACCAACAGUAAGCGAGAUCAUAGAAGCUGCUGACAUCUUGUCAAAGGUUGAAGACGGCAAGAUCGCUAUAUCUGACUUGGAGCGUGCCUUGAAACAUUUGAAUAUUAAUUUAACUGAAGAGGACUUUAAGGAAGCUCUUAAACAUUGUGAUAUCAGUGAUGACAUGUAUGUGGACUUACAAGAUUUCUUUAUGAAAGUGAAAGAUACUCCAAGCUUUAAAGAUUCUGUAGUCACACAGCUGCUGCUAGCCACUCCCCAAGUUCUCGAGAAGGAUCGAAUUGACGUCUCUGACUUGAAGACGUUAUUGUCGAAUAAUGACCUUCAUUCAGCUAAAGCCAUACUGACUGAAGUAUUAAAACAUGUUCCAGAGGAUGAAGAAGGCAAAAUUACUGUUGACGAAUUUGUGAACAAGUUCACAGAUAUCUUGAGAACUCUAAAAUCUGAACCUGAGUAG